AUGCACCCAGAUGAUAAGAGGGAAGUCACUGAGCCCAGUCAAAAUGAAGGAGAUCCUCAGCAUGUAUCAGAUGCAGUCUAUCUAGAUAGGCUGGGAAGAGAGCGCCCGGCAAUCUUCACCAACCGAUGGGUAGAGCUGGGAUUUUGUUUCUCACUGUUGGCCUCGAUGAUGCUGGCCGAGUAUUUCAUCAGCGGAUUUAAUUCCAUUCUGCCUGUCCUGGCCAGUGAGCUGAAUAUUCCGACAGAAUCAAAGACAUGGCCGGCGAGUGUGUUCUCUCUGGUCACCGGGGCGUUUCUCUUACCAUUCGCUCGCCUGGCCGACAUGUUUGGCGCCCACCUGGUCUUCAAUUUUGGGAUCCUAUGGCUCAUGGUCUGGUCCCUUAUCGCUGGGUGGAGCCAGAACUAUAUGAUGUUGAUCUUCUGUCGUGCCCUUCAAGGACUCGGACCUGCCGCCUACUUACCGGCUGGGAUUAUGCUGCUGGGGACCAUCUAUCGCCCUGGUCCACGGAAGAACAUGGUCUUCAGUUUAUACGGAGCCUUCUCGCCGAUCGGUUUCUACUCCGGUAUUUGCAUCAGCGGUGUGAGCGGACAUUACCUCACCUGGAGGUGGUACUUCUGGAUAGGCGCCAUCAUGUUGUUGACCAUCUUCGUGGUAUCCAUCCUCUCUUUGCCGCCAAUAAAACUCUCUGACCAUAUUACCAUGGACUGGUGGGGGUGUCUCACAAUCGUGCCGGGAAUCCUCUUGGUGGUUUACUCCGUGACUGAUAGUUCUCAUGCCCCCAAUGGUUGGAAGAGCCCUUAUAUCAUUGUCACUUUCAUUCUGGGAAUCGCCCUGCUGGGUGGUGCAUACUAUGUGGAAGGCUGGAUAGCCCCUGUACCCUUGCUCCCAUUCGAUUUGUUCAAAGUCAAGUCGAUGACUCCGCUGUUCGUAUCGUUACUUUUUACCUAUGGUAUCUUCGGGAUCUACCUGUUCUACGCUAGCUUCUACAUAGAAACCAUUCUGGGCGAGAACUCCUUGACCACAGCGGUCUGGUUCGCCCCGAUGGGUGCUGGUGGGCUCAUCCUGGCCACUACAAGCGGCUUCACGCUGCAUCUUCUACCGGGGAAGCUUCUAAUGAUAAUCGGGACCGCCGGUAACCUGGUGUGCGUGCUGCUAUUCGCCAUCAUACCGGACAACCCCAGCUACUGGGCUUACAUCUUCCCUGCCAUGAUUGGCGCCACCAUUGGAGUUGACAUCACCUACAGCGUCAGCAACGUAUUCAUCACCACGAACCUCCCCAAGCAUCGACAAGGGGUUGCGGGGGCCGUCAUCAAUAGCAUUGUCUUUGUGGGUAUCAGCUUUUUCUUGGGCAUGACUGAUCUGGCAGUCGCCCAGACCGAGUAUCUGGGCUUGAAAGGGAGCUACAAGGUUGCGUUCUGGUUUGGAGUCGCGUGUGCUGGCGUUGCCUUUAUAUUCCUUAUGUUUGUCAAGGUCGGAAAGGCGGGAAGUGACCUGACAGUUGAAGAAAGGGAAGAAUUGGAAGAAUCCACGACGGAUGUGGAGAGGGGGAUGAUCAGAGAAUAA